UGCCUCUUUUCUUCAACUAGGCCUAUCUAACCCAUUCCGGGGCCUCAUGAAGCUGGGAACAGUAGCCCGGAGAGGAGCCAUGGGCAUCUGGAAGGAAUUCUUUUGUGAGCUGUCCCCACUGGAGCUCCGCCUCUACCUGAGCGAUAAGGAGCGCACCUGUGUGGAAAGCUGCUCCCUGCUGCGAUGUGAGGCUGUGGGGCCAGCGCAUAGUGAUGGACGGUUUGAGCUGGUCUUCUCUGGCAAGAAGCUGGCACUCCGUGCCUCCUCCCAGGAUGAGGCUGAGGACUGGCUUGACCGUGUGAGGGAGGCUCUGCAGAAGGUGCGGCCUCAGCAGGAGGAUGAGUGGGUGAACAUCCAGUACCCAGAACCACCUGAGGAUGCCCCAGAGGCUCCACCAGACAGCCUCCCCCCUAACUCAACCCAUCUCCCAGAGCCUGCAGGUGCCCAGGGCAUGCAGUUAGACUGGACAUCUGUCUACAUUCCGGAGCCAGAUGCUAUCCAAGAGUCCCUUUUGUACCUGUAUGCAGACCGGACCUGGGUCCCCUAUAUCUUUUCCCUGUCCUUGGAAUCUCUGAAAUGUUUCCGUGUGAGAAACAACGAGAAGAUGUUAAGUGAUAGCCAUGGAGUGGAGACCAUCCGAGACAUCCUGCCAGACACCAGCCUUGGGGGCCCAGCGUUCUUCAAAAUCAUCACAGCCAAGGCCGUUCUGAAACUGCAGGCCAAGAACACUGAGGAAGCCACCCUGUGGAGAGCCUUGGUCCGCAAGGUGCUGGCAUCUUACCUGGAGUCAGCUGAGGAGGCUGUGACACUCGGGGGGAGUCUGGAUGAAAACUGUCAGGAUGUGCUGAAGUUUGCCAAUGGGGAGAAUGGCUUCCUGCUACGGUACCUUGUGGCCAUCCCCACCGAGAAGGGCCUCGACUCCCAGGGCUGCUUCUGCGCAGGUGCUGAUGCACUCUCCCACCCUCCCCAGCUGCCUGUGCUCUUCUCUCUGUGGGGUCAUCAGUUUGGGCUCCCCACCACGGCCUUCAUCCCUCCCGUAUAUGAGGCAGCAGAUGUGCUUGCACUGCAGCCCCUGCUUCCCCACAGUGCCCUCUGUGAACACCCCUGCCCUGUCUCUUGACACCUCCUAACCCUGGGUGGCCUCCUAGUGCUGGGUGGGACCUGUGGGUGGCAGGCAGUCCUGCUUCCUGGGCCCUUCUGUCCUUCCUGCUGUAUAUUAUUGCUACACUGUCCAUGCUUCUGUUGCAAGGGUCUAGGACCCUUCCAAAGCAUGUAUGCUUGCAUGCUUUUUGUAAGGCGUGCUACUCACUGCUAUUCAAUAGGGCGUCUGUACUGAUGGAAGUGUCUGGGUCUGUGCUUUCCAACUGUAGUUACAGGUUAACUGUGGCCACUGCAUGCUCCAGGUAUGGCUGUGUAUAACUAAGAACUGAAUUUUCUAUUAAGUACAUAAAGGUGACCUCUGACUUUGAGCCACCGGGUCGGGCAACAUACUUCUCCACAGCUUAUGGGCUCAUCCUCCCACCCGUCUCAUGUAACCCAGGCUGUAUUUGAACUUACAUAACUGAGGAUGAC